AUGUUCUGCCUUAGGAGCUGGCUCCCCCUGCUCUUCAUCCCAACCAACGCCUCCCCGCUCUUCCUCAUUUCCUUCGUUACCCUUACCUAUAUUCUCCACCGACCGUGUAUUUACUGCUCCGCGCUGCUCGUCAUCCUCUUUGCCUCAACCUGCAACUGGUCCGACCGAUGCUUCCUCAACCUUCGCGCUGACUGGUUCGCCCCCCGGUAUACGCCCUACGAUGCCCCCGCCCAAGGCGCGGAAAGCGAGUCACUAGCAGGAUACAUUUUUGAAACCCUGAAUAGCACUGCAAAAACUCUUGCGGGUGCGGCCGUUGACGAGACGCAAAGACGGCUGUCUGGAGGUUACCAGGGCGCUUCGGAGGCGUCGGAGGAAUUGACGGGCUUUGGACUGGAGUGGUUGAGGAGUCUAAUUGGGAGGCGGGAAUGGACGCUGCCUUGCGUUGAUGUCAAGGUGCGGAUAUAAUCUGUGUUGACAGGGCUACGACUCUGAGCUUUUUGAGGUUUACUUCUCUUGCUUCUUGUUCUGUUUUGCAUAGGCGUGGAUAUUGAUUCUUCUUGCUUUUGGCGGGACUAUAUUAUACCUUUUCUCCUUGCCAUAUUUAUCGGUUCAAAUGAUUCUGUUGCCUGGCAUGCAUCCGGACUUUGCGUGUGCAUACCAUUAUA